AUAUAUCCCUAUGUUGGUAGUUAACCUAUGAUACACAUUUCUCUUUUUUGAUGCAUAUGCUAUUUAUAAAUGUUUAUUAGGUUUGAAAAUUACUUUAAGACACCUUGCUGUAUAGAUAAUUACGCUAUUAUCAACAUUUAUAAUAUUAUUAAAAAAAUAAUUUAUUUCCCGUUUUCACAUAACAUAAUUAUAUAUUUGCUGUUCUGUAAUUCGAUAAGAGACACAUUUGUUAUUCCUCAAGCCUGAAAAACUAUAACUAUGAUUCCACGAACAUUAAUAAAAAAUUGGAUUUCUUUACGUCAUUUUUUUCAUAAACAUUAUACAAUCCAAUAUAAGGCCAAAAACAUCAAGUACAUUGGUUUUGGUAUAUUCACAAGUGUUUUGGUUUAUAGUACUUCAGGAAUCACAAUAUUCGCAGCACAAAAUGAGUUGGAUAUUAAAAAAUUUAUGGCACAACCUAUUACUGACAUAAAGAAAUUAAAGAAGAAAGAUGAUAUGAAAACAAAAAUGGAAUUGUUAGUGAUGAAAACUCAAGCAGACUUUUGUAAAGCUUUAGAAUCCUUAGAAGAACCAGGCCAUUCUUUUAAAGUUGACAGAUGGGUUAGGAAGGAAGGUGGUGGAGGAAUUACUUGUGUUUUGCAAGAUGGAGUUGUUUUUGAAAAAGCUGGAGUAAAUGUAUCUGUCGUUACUGGUAUGUUACCACCAGGUGCAGUACAACAAAUGAGAGCACGUGGAAAAAAAAUGGGAGAGGGAUCUGUACCAUUCUUUGCAGCUGGUGUAAGUGCUGUAAUUCAUCCUCGAAAUCCCAUGGUUCCAACAAUACAUUUCAACUAUCGUUACUUUGAAGUAGAAGAUUCAGAUGGUUCAAUUCAGUGGUGGUUUGGAGGUGGCACAGAUCUUACACCUUAUUACUUAAAUGAGGAUGAUAUAAAACAUUUUCAUAGUACUUUAAAAGCUGCAUGUGAUCAAUAUGAUCCUUCAUAUUAUUCAAAAUACAAAAAAUGGUGUGAUGAUUAUUUUUUUAUCACACAUAGAGGAGAACGUAGAGGAGUAGGUGGUAUCUUUUUUGAUGACAUUGAUACUCCUAGCCAAGAAGAAGCAUUUCAAUUCGUAAAAUCUUGUGCAGAAGCUGUUAUUCCUUCUUACAUUCCAUUAGUUGACAAACAUAAAGAUGAUGGAUAUGGAUAUAGUGAAAGACAAUGGCAAUUAUUACGUAGAGGAAGAUAUGUUGAAUUUAACUUAAUAUACGAUCGUGGUACAAAAUUUGGUUUAUAUACACCUGGUGCAAGAUAUGAAAGUAUAUUAAUGUCUUUGCCUUUGUCUGCAAAUUGGCAAUAUAUGCAUGAACCAAAACCUGGUUCAAAAGAAGCAGAACUUGUUGAUGUAUUGAGAAACCCUAAGGAAUGGUUGAACUAAUAUAAAUAAUAUCCUUUAAUGAAACUAUCAUCUCUUAACUUAAAGCUGUAAUUUGUAGCAGUAAUUUUGAAUGAUACAAUUAAUUACCUUUUUCCUAUUUUGUUUACAAGUAUUUUGUACAAUUCUGUACAAGUGGAAUGUUAAUGAAAAAAAUGCAAAUUAAAAUAUAGAAUAAGGCCAUAUUUUUAAACCAUUUAAAUAUAUUUUCAAGUAUAAGAAAAGAGUUACAUGUAUAAACUUUAUAUUUAAUGAAUUAAAUACUGUAUAAACUA